AUGGUGCGCUCGGGGGGCGCCACCCUCAGGCUGCUGUCCGUGAAGGCUGUGGAGGACCCGCACUGGUUGCUGAGGGCGGCGCGGGGAGGCGAGGGAGGCGAGGAUGCGCCCGUGGUGGCGACGGCCGAAGGGCGGCCAGGCGGCGGGAGGCGGCGUCGUGCGGCUGACCGAGCGGAUCUACGCACUUUCGAUAGAGAGACGGCGCGGAGCCCCGGCGCUGCUGCCGGGCGCGGCGGCCCGGAUUGGCCGCCCGGCGAGCUGAGCCCGAGGUCGCCCCGCCCCGGGGCACCCGGGGCCGCAUCGGACGACGGAAGGCACAUUGAACAGCUGCGUGCUGCAGCGGAAUUUCUGGGUACCACUGAAGGGGGCCUCGGCCAUUCACUGGUGGUGAACCUGGGACCAAGUUCAGACCAGUCGAUUCACGAAUUGUUUGAAGGAAACGUGAUAGAGCUGCCGGCGUACUGGCACGAGAGGCCCCUGGGACUGGGAGUCUACCCCCUGGACAUCAUCUUUUCCGUGUGCUCAUCUGUGCACAAUUGGCUGAAGACUUCAGAGAAGAACAUAGUGCUUUUGCACCACCAUGGCAACCCUGGAAGCAUGGAGAACCUGCGGUUUAUGGCAGGAUGCUUCCUUGUGUACGCUGGGGACGCCGAUGACAUCUCGAGCGCGGCGGCACGGAUGCUGUCACUUCAACCUGAACAAAGGACUCUGUUCAGAAUAACCAAAGAUGGGCUCAGGUCAAAGAAUUUGCUCGAGAGUGACAACAGCCAGAAUCCAGCCAGGCUGGGCUCUGCGCAAAGGCUUUAUGACAAGUACAUGGUCACUGUCCUGUAUGCACCUUCAUUGCCGCCGCCACAGAAGCACGCUCUGCAUGUGACGAAGGUCGAUUUUGGAGGCCUGCGAGGACUUGCAGGGGGCCUGAAGAGCAUCACUGGGUUUGACGAGAGGAUGAGGGCAAUGUUGACGCCAGUCUUGAUGGUCUAUCAGAGGGGUGUUGAGGUUUUCACAGGAAGAGCAACCAAUACGGGUGACAAGAUCGAGUUCAAGAUUGGUGUGAGUGUGGCGGGUGACGUGGUGCUGGGACUGUGGUAUGUGAAGGACUACAUUGCAGCAACAGAGCCACCUAUGGUGGCUUUUGCAUUCCACACAACGUUCAUGGACCAAGGCAUCGUGAAGAUACAGUCCCCCAGCCUUGACUUGGACAAGAGGGCAACGAACAGGGUCACUGAACAGAAGGAGCUGUACAUGGAGCUGUCCCUCGCAGAGACAAACAUACCAGUGGCCGACGUGUUGCCAUCGGGUACAGAUGUGCUGGAUCUUGCAAACAUGCGAAAAGUGUGGCAACAUCAGACGAAGCCAGAAGCUCGAGAGCCCCGGAGAGUCUUUUCGACUCCAAACCCAUCCUCACACAGCAGGCAGCCUGACAGGGAGGAGGGCAGCGGGACUGCCAACCUGCGUUCACCGACGCCAUCGAUGGAGAUCGGUAUCCAGACAUGCGAUGCCUGUGUGGGCCCAGAUGAGGUGCUGCACCCAAGGCUGUCCCUGGAGGCUUGGGCAGAGGGCACCACCGGACAGCAGAAGCUGGGUGAGGGCCCAUCGACAAGCACGAUAGACUUGUCGUUUCGCCCUCCGGGCUCUGAGUGCGCCCCAGAGACACCCUGUACUUCAGAGGGACCCGCCCCAUCCAGAACGAACUCUGCUGAUGGGGAUGAAGCUGGUGAGGCAGGGCCCUCAGGACGCAUGCAUGGCAAACCUCCGCCGGCACCACCACCACCACCACCUCCACCCCCUCCUCGGCUAGGAAGGAGGAACUCUUCUGGGGGCAGGAUGCGGCUGCCUCCGGCGCCACCUCCCCCACCACCUCCUCCACCUGGGAGCUCAUCGAGUGGGCCACCGCCCCCCCCACCGCCACCAGGGAAGAAAGCAGCACAGGUGCCACCACCCAAGCUGAAGAAGGGCCUGGGCUUGAGGAAGCUCCGUUCCUUCUACUGGACAAAGACCCCAAAGCAGAGUGGUACAGUGUGGAGUGAGCUCCCAUCUGAUCGACAACUGCCCGAUGGGAUGGAUUUCCUUCUCGAGGACUUCUUCGCAGCCGACCAGCAACCCCCUCCGGCAAGCACAACACCACAGACGUCGCGGAACACAGCUGAGGCGCCUUCCCUAAAAAAGAAGGGCUGUGCCCAAGUGAUACCAACAACGAGGGCGAACAAUGUGUCUAUCAUGAUGACACGGUUUUCGUCCUUUGAGGGUGGCGUUCCAGGGAUGCUGCAUGCCGUGUUGCAGGCCAAUGGCCUGACAUAUGAUGAAAUGAGCCUCAUGCAGCAGAUCGCUCCCACUGAAGAUGAGAUUGCAGCGAUGAAAGAGUUCCAGGGUGCGCGAGAAUACCUGUCCAAGCCGGAAAGGACGCUCAUGGCGAUGUCCACAGUGCCGCGGCUGAAGGCCAAGUGCAGGGUGCUGAUGUUUUUGGAGCAGUGGGAGCCGCUGUACCAGGAGACCUUACUGGCGCUGCACACGGUGAAGGUUGCCUGCCAACAAGUUCGGGAAAGCAACCGCCUGAGGCGGGUAUUCGAGUGUGUCCUCAUGGUGGGCAACAAACUCAAUAGGGGCACGCACAGAGGCAAUGCUGGCGGAGUGCGCGUGGAGUCCCUCCUAACCCUCAAGAACUACAAGAUCACCGGCGGCAACGAGCGGCGCACGCCCUCGCCCUCAGGCGCCAGGGACCUGAGGUCCCCCUCACCCACGCAGUUCAUGUCCGUCCGCCUGGCCUCCCUGCUGAAGUGCGAUUCGGGCGUGCGGGCGGACAAUCUCAACCUGCGGACGCUGCUGGACUUCGUGGUGGUCGUGGUGCACAACCACGAGCCCCAGGAGGACUAUGACCCCGGGCGGUACCUUGCCGACGAGCUGCCUGGCCUGGCCAAGGCGGGGCCCUUUUUGGACGGGGCGAUAAAGGACCUGCAGGACGAGAUCGAUCGCGGGGUGCUGAUGGCGGAGGAGGAGCUCAAGGCGAUAUGCGGGAAGCCGUGGGAGGAUUUGAAGGGGGUGAAGGGAUGGCCGGGGGCGCCGGGGGGGGAGAACCGCUUCGGGCAGGUGGUGUUCGAUUUUUUGAAGAAGGUGGAGGCGCCCAGGGGGCUGCUGCGGCAGGAGACGUCCAUCACGGACCAGCACCUGCGGUCGGCGUCCAUGUGGCUGGGGGAGCCCGAGACCGGCAACCCCAAGGCCACGCUGAAGAACCUGCUGGCGUUCACGAGCCAGUUCGACGCGAACUACGAGUGGGUGUCGCAGUACUUAUAG